AUGUCUGAGCUCAACCAAGAAUCGACCCAAUCGGCUUCUUUUGUCACCGCCCAGUCGCAUUUCAGUGCUACUACCACCACCUGUUCUCAUUCCUCCUCGCAAUGGUCGUCGACUCAGAUAGACCCUCGCGCUACAGGAGUGGCUGAAGCGCUGGGGACUCGAAACUCCAUUCUGACAUCGUCUCAGCCUAGUUUCGGCUCUACAACGCAGAUAGAGCCACGCGUCGUUGCUUAUGAAGCCGCGUUGGCUCGCAAACGAGACCGCCAGGCUCAGAUAUUGGCUUCAACAGCCCCAACCAUCAAGCAGAUAACUACGCUGCUCACUAGGGCACUGCCCGAUGUGCCCGAUGCUCGAAUGAUUGUGGCAUCAACUCGCUUUCCCAACGAAACGAGUCAGAAUUCGUCCAUUAUACCCCUCUCAUACAAAGCCAAGAACAGAGUGACGUUCGGCGUCAUCCAACAAGCCCAGGACGUGGACUUAAUACUACAUCUACCAUUGGAAGAUAAUUAUACAACAGUUGACACUGGAAUUGAAUGUCAGAUUAUCUACAGUCCUGGGAGCGAUGAUUGCCUUUUGGUAAACCAUGCAGAACCGCAGCUACGCUUGACGAAUUUUAGUUCCUCUUCGAAUCUCCAGCUAUCAAUCAUGCCAGGAGGCAGCCAUUUUAUCCAGCCUGGCAUGUGGAGAAUAUCUAUAGCCAGUGGUAGUGAUGACGAUGAAGAUCUCGAGGAGCAUCAUCUUGCUGAGUUUUUGCUAUUCGGGAGACAAUUUAGCGUUUCAAUUCACAUAGCGAAUCUCUCAUUGAAAACAAAGCGGGGCAUUGACGACGACGCGGAAGCGCUUAUCGGCAAGAGACAAAAACGAAAUGAUGGCUUGGCAGAAACUGCCUCUGUCCAGCCUACAAAUACAACGACUAUGGAGCCAAGACCUGUUACUACUGCCACUGAGAUGAACAAUGCCCCCGAUCCAUCUCCAUCGUCCCCUGUUCGACAGAUUUCCGACAAAAUCAAUGUCCCGCUUCUAGAUCUCGCAGAUGGAGAGACAGCUGUUGUCCGGGCUUUCCGAGAUAGGACAGACAGGUCUCACUCUCAAUCGCUAUCUGCAGCAAAAGGACCAGCCAGGUAUCGACUACGGCGGGUUAAGCAGAUUGCAGUUACAAAGUCAGCGGUUGUCUUUGCUUGCAAACAUUCUGCUGUGUCUGAGCCCGUAGUUGCAAAAGUCCUUCGAUGCAAUAAAGAUUCGCCUAGUGAUCUCAGAAACUCUGCGUUAUUGUGGAAGAGAGAAAAAGAGACACUUGAGAAGCUAAAGCAUAGGAACGUUAUAGCGCUCAGGGCAUUUGAUGGACGCAUGUUUGCAAUGUACUUGGAGCCUCUUCCGCCAUCCCUGUAUCGAGGGCAAGUAGCAACAAUGCCAAUAUCCGACAUAUCUAGAACAUUGUAUGAUAUUUCAUCUGCUCUGGUAUACUUGAAGACGGUACCAAUGGUCCAUAACGACAUCAAGCCACGCAACAUUACCUACUCUCCUCGCCGUGGUGCCAUUCUUAUCGAUUUUGGAUCGGCUACACCGACCAACGAAUGGAACGCGGGAGGCACACCUUGGUAUCUGCCUCCAGAUCUCAUUGACGACAGUUCACGUGGAUUGCCAGGAGAUGUAUGGGCAUUGGGCAUUACGAUGCUCUACUUGCUUGGCAGGAUUGGUCAUCCGGAGCAGAGCUGGCCCGGCUGGCCCGUUUACGAGCUUGAUAAUGAUGCUACACGAAAACGAAUGGAAGACUGGUUGGAGCAUAUUUCAACCACUAGAGCCAAGUUGAAUCCAGUGAAUAUGGGAACUGGAAGAAAAAAGCUCGAAUACAUAGUGUUUAAAAUGCUUGAGAGCGACAGCGAGUUUCGAAUCGACGCGGAAAGUAUCAUUUCUAUCCUUGAUUCGUCAACGAGAGCUCCAUUGCUGCUGGCGGCUUAA